AAUACUGAAAUUAUUCAUUAUUUUUUCUGCAGCGACGGAUUAACCGGAGCAAUGCCGUAGCUAGUGCAAGAACAUCUUCUACCCAAAUAAUUUAAAUUAGUAAAUCCCUCACCUUAUAAAAUUGCUGAAUGAAAACACUACCAUCUUGUCCUAAUUCCUAAUUUUUCACUCAAGAUUUUGCAGCUUUCAUCAUGGAAUUUAGCAUGAAGUCGAUUAAAGGACUUGCAGCUGAAGCUGCUACAGCCUUUACCCGGGCUGUUCAAUACACUGAAGAGAAACUUGGGACAUCAGAAAAGACUGAACUUGAUGCUCAUUUUGAUGGGUUGGCUCUGCGAUCGGACAGAACAAAACAUUGGACUGAACGAUUAGUUUCUCGAACCGAUGCUGUCCUGCAACCUAAUCCGAACACCCGAGUAGAAGACUACUUCUUCGAGAAAUUGGACAAGAAGAGAGAACACCCGUCUAACCUUGACCUUCUUGGCCAAGAUAUGAUUGAUGCUGGUGCUGAUAUCGGAUCUGGAACACCUUAUGGAAGUGCUUUAAUCAAAAUUGGUGCAACUCAACAGCGUCUCGGAGCUGCCGAAAGGGAAUUUGUUCGUGCGGCCAUGACUACUUUUGUCAGCCCCCUGAAAAGGUUUUUAGAGGGUGAUAUGAAAACAAUUGUGAAAGAGAGGAAAAUCCUUGAAAAUAAGAGACUAGAUCUUGAUGCUUGUAAAAGCAGGCUGAGGAAAGCGAGAUCUCUGGAAGGCCAAGCAAAUGCUGAAACAGAACUCAGAAUUUCUCAGGCUGAAUUUGACAGACAAGCGGAGAUCACAAGGCUCUUACUUGAAGGGAUUAGUAGUGCCCAUGCAAAUCAUUUGCGGUGUCUAAAUGAUUUCGUAGAAGCUCAGGCAGCUUUUUACAAUCAGUGCCAACAGUUUAUGGUUGAUCUACAAAAAGAACUUGCAAGCUCCUUAAAUGUUGCCAGUGGUACAAAAGCAGGGAGUUAUCAAGGUCUUUAUCCCGCAUCUCCCGGAAGUCCUUCAGAUACGGCUCUUAAUUCCCUACCCAACGAUAAAAAGCGUGCCAGAGUUCUGUAUAAUUACGAGGCGUAUGAUAACACUGAAUUGUCUCUGACUGCUGAUGAGGUCAUAGUUGUCCAUCCUUUAUCCAUUCCUGAUGUUGAUUGGAUGAUGGGUGAACGUGGUACACAGAAAGGAAAAGUUCCUGUAGCAUAUCUUGAAGUUUUGAAUUAGUGGUUCUUUGGAUCUUGGGAUGUAAAGUGCAAAGCUUAGCCAAUAAAUUUUUCAUUAGCAUUGCAGAUUUUAUGCCAGCUGUUUCAACGUGUUGAUUUUUAUUUGUCAGCAAGCUCAGCAAUGUAUGUUUUAGUAAUUUAUAAUAGUCACAUUUUAAUUUUUUAAAUGUGAAGUAUGUUUGCAAAGAGUUAUAAAUUUUGUUUGUUUUUCAAUGCUGUAAUAGUUUUUGCCCAGUGAACUUUUGCUGAAUAUUUUACAAAAAAGUAUUUAAGCUAUGUUAAAGGUGAACAAUAGCUGUUUGGAAAAAUACAAGUCUUAUGUCACUUAUAACAUUACUUGUAUUUUUCAAUGCAGUAUGUCUUCCUUUCUUGUAUAUGUCAUUAAUGCUUUUGUAUAUUAUGUUCUUUGCUCAAUUCUACUAAUGAAUUCAGUGCGCUUAAAGAAUUUUGAAUUUUUUUAAAAUGCAUUAGGUACUUGAAUGAUUAAUUUUUAACUACUAAUUUAAUGCAUUUUAAAUUGUUUUCUUAGAUUGAUAAAACUAAUUUUGUUUUUAAAAAAUUAAGAUGAUUUUUUUUUUUUUUUUUUAGAAUGAAUUUUUCUGAGUAUUUUUCAGUCAAGAAAAUGUUUGAAUUAUGCUUUUUCAUGAAAUUACUAAUGCUUUUUCGCAAAAUUACACCUUUCCUCCUUUUUAAAUUAUGCAUCAGGUUCAUGUCUGUGAUACCUCAAGUUUUUAAUUUUUACACAUUUUUCCACAGGAAUUUUUUAUUUUGUCUUAUUUUAUUAUUUUUAUUAUAGUUAUAUUGAGGUGUAACAUGCAAUAAUUUAUUUAAGAACUGCAUUUUGUGUAGCAAGUGCUAUAAAUAAUAAAAGACUAAUAUUCUUUACUUACUUUAAAACAUUGAAGUAAGGAUUACUUAAAAAUACUAUUGUGUGUUUGUUUUUCAAUAAAGUAAUUUUAAAUAUUUAUAAAAUAUUUCUUUCUUAGCUGUAUAUUGUUGUGUUGACCAAGGUGUUAAAAUAUUUUUAUAGCUUAUUUCUUAAUCAUAAAAUUGUUUAUCUUGACGUUUAUUAUUAAUAUGUUAUUAAUGUAAAAACUUGUCAUAUCCCCGUCCCUCCAAAAAAUAUUUGAUUGUUAAAAUGGACUUUAUUUAUUCUUCAUUGUGUGAUGAAGAAAUGCCAAAUUUGUUUCAAAAUUGUGUUUGUAUUUAAAUUCUGAAUGUGUUAAAGUAUGAAUGUAUUAAUUUUUUUAAAGAGUUAUUAAAUACUUUAAGCAUAUGAGGGUAUCAAAAUUACAGCAAUCUCUUAUCAAAUCUUUUUCCCCCCAAAAUUUCCCCUGAAAUCUAUUUUGUUUUGUGUUAGUACAUACAUAGUGGAGAAUUUUGCUCUAUUAUGCAGAACUUCACUUUUUUGACAUUUUUCAAAAUUGCUUCUUUUGAUACCUUUUUAAGAACUUUUUAUGUCAGAAUGUCUGCAGCUUUCAAAUAUUCCAAAAAAGUCUCAAAUUUUAAAAAUUGUUUGAGUAAGUAUUGAAAGUCAUGAAAGUUUUUCAUCCAAUUUCUUGCAAACCUCUUAAAACAGGUUGAUAUUUUUUUUCUCUCCAAGGUGCUAUGCCUUUAAGUAUAUGUUAUUUGGUUUGGUAUCAAAAUACAAUGAAACCAGCCCUAAAUUUACCUCUUUCAUUAUUAAUUUUUUAAGCUAUUAUUUCUGUUUUGAGAAUGUAUUGUCAUAGUUCUUUGAAUGCUUAUAGCUGCAGAAUUGUUUGCACACUUUAUGGCAUUGAAAGUUUGUACCCUAAGUGGACACCUGUGGCAUUUUAUGUAUAAAUAAUUAUCAGCUGUUCAAACUUUAUGCAUACUCUCCCGGAAGGAUGUUCCAAUUAAUUGGCUGUAAUCAGUAAUUGGACAUAAUUGGCUACUUGGCUGUUUACUUAUAAUCAGCCAUUUUUUCCAAUUAAUCAACCGAAAAAUUAAUUUAAGUAUGCCUAAAAACUGUUUAGUAACAACUCGGUUUUCGUGAUUGAGAUUCUUCUGAAAAAUAUGUGCAUUCUUGUGACUCAAAUCAGACCCUUGACAUGCUUCCAAUAUUCAGUUUAUUUAAUUCUUUAGUUAAUGAAAUUGAGUUUGAACACAUCACAAACUUAAUGUUUUUAAGUAUGUUUUUUUAAAAAUGAAUAUUUUUUCUUUUGGUCUUUCUUUGAAAAGAAAAAAAAAAUGAUACAUUGAGUAAAAAAUCAACCAAAAAACUUGUAAUUUUUAAAUAUUGCGUUGCUUCAAAGCUCUAUUAUUUAUGAUAUUUCUGAAAGAUUAUGAAUAAGUCAUGAAAUUACUUAUAAAAAUCUGUAGAUACCCUGCAUAUGCUUAAAAGACAUAUUAAGAUCUAUUGGUGCAAGCAGCUUCUGUAAGUCCUCCUAUUGAUUCUUUGUCAUACAAAAUUUAAAAUAUUUUUUUUUUUGUUUUGAGAGGCAGUGUGGGGAAUGAGCAAUAUUUGGAAGGGGACUGUUUUUAAAUCGACUGUAUUGUUGAUUUUCUGUUCUCACCUUUGUAUAUGCGCUACAUUACCAAAUUGUAAAACACUUGAUGUAUGUUAUGCUUCUAAAAGUAAGCAUACAGCAUUUUAGUUCUUUGCCUGAAGCUUGCCGUUUUAAAUGUUGUUGUUUACAAGACAAUCUUUUACGUUUGUUACACUUGACAUAAACAAUCAACCUUGCACUGGCAAUCUUUGUUUCAUUGUUAACAAAUCAUAAUUUUCUCUUAUGUUUGUAUGUUUUCACGUUACGACUGGUUACUGUGAUUUUACUGUAAGAUAGUAACCAGAUCCAAAGAGAAGACUUUUAGAGUCAGUAGGAAUUAUAUGUAAUAAAGUAAUAUUGAGUCUUAGCUCAGUACUUAAUUGCCAUAGAGAUUUUUGCGGGAAUCCACCAGAAUGCUCCCUCUCAGAGCUAUCUUACAUUGAUGGCUUGUGUGCUUGUUUUAAGAAGCAAUAAUGUUCUAAACAAUCGGAGUAGAGUUUACAAUCAUGUUACCGUUUUGUAUAUAUUUUUGAAUUGCAUGUAGACUUUAUUUUAUUUACUGUCAUCUACUUAAGCAGCCCAGCUUGCUUUUUUAAUGUUUGCAUUAUUUCAUAGUGCUGCAUCUCUAAAAGUUUGUUUGAAUUGUAAGAUAUCUUUGCUUUAUAUUUCAGAGACUGUCAGUUAUGUAAAAAAAAAAAAAAAAUAUGCUACACCCACUUUUAUGUAAAUAUAUUAAUUUCUUAAAGCCAGGAGGGAGGCAACUAUCCCCUUCUAACCCCCUAAAUGACAGGCCUGUUCAUGAGCAUUGCCAAGAUUCCCGUUAGGGAGGGGACAAACAUAGGUGCAAAAAGAUAGUGGCUUUUAGUUGCCCCCCGUCCCCCAGUACGGACUUCCGAAAUUGCUUGAAUUUAUUGUUCUCCUCUCCCCCUAAAAAAGCAUUUUAUGCUAUUUUUUGGUCGAAUAUGGGCAGAAAAAGGAUUAUUUGGUUCUCUUCUGGAAAUUUUUCGAAAUUGAAGUUCUAAAAUUGCAAUUUUAAAUUAUCUUGGGUGAUAUUUGGAAAGAGCGUGGGAGGGGCAGUUGCUCCUCCCCACUCCCCUCUGGCUACACCCAUGGGCCUCAAAACCAAGUGAUGCUGAAGGACUAGGAGGGUGAGUGUAUCAUGCUGUCACUGUAAUGUUACAUUGAUGAAUGCUGGGCUCUCACCUCACUUUGUGUACCCUUUUCAUUCACUCUCUCUAGUUUGUGUUCAUAAAUGACAUUUAAUUGCACUUCACACUUCAGGGUCCCCCUGUCUGUACAUGGUUUAACCGGUUGGAUAGGCUCUGGAGACUGCUCUGUUUUUUCAAACCGGACCAGGGGCCGAGCAACCCCUGAUCCAGAACCCCCAGAGGUUUUGAUCUACUUGGAGGACUUUGUGACUACAAACAUAUUUAGCAUGCCCCAGUCACCAUUAACGAGCACGGAGGAUCUUUGACUGACUGCCAUCAAACCCGAAACCCUCCAGUUAAGAGUCCAACACGUUUCUGGUCAGGCCACCACAGCCCAUUCAAUUUCACAGGAACAGUGGUCUUCAGGCUAUGUUCAACCUCAAUUUUUUGUGGAUUUGGUAAAUAAAAAUUAAAAGUGGGAGUUUUUUUUUUGGACUUGCCAAAUACACUACACUCCAAGGUCCCCCAUACAUGCCACUAUGCAUGGUUUAACUGGUUUGAUAGGGCCUGAAGACAGCUCUGUUGUCCAACCAGAUCAGAAUCCAGGCAACCCGUAAUUCAACAUCCCCAAAGUUAUUGAUUUGGAGAGCACUUCUAUUAGUUUUCUAAUGUCCCUUUACUAAACCAUAAAAUGAGGAAAGUAUAUAAAAUGCGACUGCAAAUAAUAUCAGUAAUGUUCAACCACAACAGUUAGUGUUAAAAAAGUGCUAGUACAUUCACCAAAUAAUGGUGCAGGAGUCGCUGACAUCUGGAGCAUCAGAUGUGGUUUUUUAGACAACCUUCAGUGCACUGAAAUGCAAACUUUCAUAUUUCAUACUUGGUUUUGAUUUGAGGAUAGAUGUGGGAUACUGUGUAACAAAAGUUGAAUACCAAAGUAGAGUGCGGUUGACUAGAAUAAGAACUAGACUUAGGGGCGGUAACUUACUGCUAAAUAGAGUAAGAACUAUUCUGGAGUGAAACUUUUUUGCGGUUACCUUGGAACUUGGUAGCAGAAACAGUCAUGACGCUGUGACGUACGUCAGA